UCUUUCCUGUCUGGAAGAGCAGCGGUGUUUUGACGCAGCUGAUUGUGUGAUUUCUUAUUUUAAUUCUUCGUACAUUUAAAACAAAAUGUCAAAAAGGCAUAGAUUAGAUUUAGGAGAUGACUAUUCGUCUAGUAAAAAGAGAUCAUCUGACGGGAAAGAGAGAGACCGGGACCGGGACCGGGACGAGCGCUCGAGGGACCGCGAUCGGGACAGAGACCGCGACAGAGACCGCGACCGCGAGAAGGAUGUGAAGCCGGCGGCCUUCGCGCUGAACGCGGGCGUGGGGGGCGGCGCCGUGCUGCCGCUGAAGGUUCCCACCAUGCACCAGCAGGUUAACCCCUUCACCAACCUGCCGCACACACCGCGCUUCUACGACAUCCUGCAGAAGCGGCUCCUGCUGCCCGUGUGGGAGUACCGCGAGCGUUUCAGCGACAUCCUCACCCGCCACCAGAGCUUCGUCCUGGUGGGAGAGACCGGCUCCGGCAAGACCACGCAGAUCCCCCAGUGGUGCGUGGACAUGGUGCGGGCGCUGCCGGGGCCCAAGCGGGGCGUGGCCUGCACACAGCCCCGGCGGGUGGCGGCCAUGAGCGUGGCGCAGCGCGUGGCGGACGAGAUGGACGUGAUGCUGGGCCAGGAGGUGGGCUACUCCAUCCGCUUCGAGGACUGCAGCAGCGCCAAGACCAUCCUGAAGUACAUGACAGACGGUAUGCUGCUUCGGGAGGCCAUGAACGACCCCCUGCUGGAGCGGUACGGCGUGAUCAUCCUGGACGAGGCCCACGAGCGCACGCUGGCCACGGACAUCCUGAUGGGCGUGCUGAAGGAGGUGGUGCGCCAGCGCUCCGACCUGAAGGUGAUAGUGAUGAGUGCCACACUAGACGCCGGAAAGUUCCAGGUGUACUUCGACAGCUGCCCCCUGCUGACCAUCCCUGGCCGCACGCACCCCGUGGAGAUCUUCUACACGCCCGAACCCGAGAGGGACUACCUGGAGGCAGCCAUCCGCACCGUCAUACAGAUACACAUGUGUGAAGAGGAGGAGGGAGACGUGCUGCUCUUCCUCACAGGCCAGGAGGAGAUAGACGAGGCGUGUAAGAGGAUAAAGCGUGAGGUGGAUGAUUUGGGCCCGGAGGUGGGCGACAUUAAGAUCAUCCCGCUGUACUCCACCCUGCCCCCCCAGCAGCAGCAGCGCAUCUUCGAGCCCCCGCCCCCCCGCAAGCCCAGCGGAGCCAUCGGUCGCAAGGUUGUGGUGUCCACCAACAUCGCGGAAACGUCGCUGACCAUCGAUGGCGUGGUGUUCGUCAUCGAUCCCGGGUUCGCCAAACAGAAGGUGUACAACCCGCGCAUCCGGGUGGAGUCGCUGCUGGUCACCGCCAUCAGCAAGGCCUCCGCCCAGCAGCGGGCCGGGCGAGCCGGCAGGACACGGCCGGGAAAGUGCUUCCGCCUCUACACCGAGAAGGCCUACAAGACCGAGAUGCAGGACAACACGUACCCUGAGAUCCUGCGCUCGAACCUGGGCUCGGUGGUCCUGCAGCUGAAGAAGCUGGGGAUCGAUGACCUGGUGCACUUCGACUUCAUGGACCCUCCAGCUCCGGAGACGCUGAUGCGGGCGCUGGAGCUGCUGAACUACCUGGCGGCGCUGAAUGACGACGGGGACCUGACGGAGCUGGGCUCCAUGAUGGCCGAGUUCCCCCUGGACCCGCAGCUCGCCAAGAUGGUGAUCGCCAGCUGCGAGUUCAACUGCUCCAACGAGAUCCUGUCCAUCACCGCCAUGCUGUCAGUCCCGCAGUGCUUCGUGCGUCCCACCGAGGCCAAGAAAGCGGCAGAUGAGUCCAAGAUGAGGUUCGCUCACAUAGACGGAGACCACCUGACUCUGCUCAACGUGUACCACGCCUUCAAACAGAAUCACGAGGCGGCUCAGUGGUGCUAUGAUAACUUUGUGAACUACCGGUCGCUGAUGUCGGCCGACAACGUGCGGCAGCAGCUCUCCCGGAUCAUGGACCGCUUCAACCUGCCGCGGCGCAGCACGGAGUUCACCAGCCGCGACUACUACAUCAACAUCCGCCGCGCGCUGGUCACCGGCUUCUUCAUGCAGGUGGCACACUUGGAGCGCACCGGGCACUACCUGACGGUGAAGGACAACCAGGUGGUGCAGCUGCACCCCUCCACGGUCCUGGACCACAAGCCCGAGUGGGUCCUGUACAACGAGUUCGUCCUCACCACCAAGAACUACAUCCGCACCUGCACCGACAUCAAGCCGGAGUGGCUGAUUAAAAUCGCGUCCCAGUAUUAUGAGAUGGGGAACUUCCCGCAGUGCGAGGCCAAGAGGCAGCUGGAGCGGAUCGUGGCAAAGCUGCAGACAAAGGAGUACUCCCAGUACUGAGGGCCCACACUCGCCCUGGGCCAGUACUCCCAGUCCUGAGCGCCCACACUCGCCCUGGGUCCCCCCCCCAAACCCUCACCUUCACCCGGGCCCUCCCUCACCGUGGGCCCCUGCUGCGGCCUUCACAUUUCCUCCCCCUCAUUACUGUUCAAAUGUUGAUUAUUUUUUUAUACCCUUUACUCUUACUGUUUUUAUUUGUUUUUGUUUUGUUUUUUUUGGUUUUGUUUCGUUUGUUUGUUUUUUUUUUUGUUCAUUUAAUAGUGUAGUGCUGUAUAAAUGAAAUAAAAACGAUGGAUGCAA